UCACUGCACUUGUCAGUUGUUGAGUUGAGGUUAUUUUGGUUUUAAAACAAAAUAUUUUGGAAAUAGAAAAAUCCAUUUGAUUUUUUUGAAUUAAUUACCAAAAAUGACUGAGCGCGACUAUGCUCCGUUAAGUGGAGCCUGUGUCCGCGGACUGUGUGACAAACUAUAUGAUAAAAGGAAGUUUGCAGGUGUUGAAAUUGAGAAAAUGGUGAAAGACUUCAGCGAUGCUAACAACACAAAUCAAAUCAAGCGCCUCAUCCGAGUGUUGGGGCAGGAGCUGAUGUCUUCCACCAACCCCAAUGUCAAGAACGGAGCUCUGAUGGGUCUCUCUUCUGUUGCUGUUGGUUUGGGAAAGGGUUGUGACUUGUACAUAGGAGAAUUAAUCCACCCCAUCAUAGCAUGUCUGGGCGAGAGCGAAGCGCGCGUGCGCUACGGCGCCACCGAGGCGUUGUUCAACGUGCUGAAGGUGGCUCGCAGCGCCACUGUCACAUACUUCCCGCUCGUGUUCGACGCCCUGGCCCGGCUGGCUGCUGACCCCGAGCCACAAGUGAGGAAUGGAGCUGAAGUGUUGGAUAGACUUGUUAAGGAUAUAGUGACAGAGAGUUCGUGCCUGGACCUGUCGUCGAUAGUGCCGUUGGUGCGCGAGCGCAUGUACACGCGCAGCGCGGCGUCGCGCCAGUUCGCGGUGGCGUGGGUGUCGGCGCUGGACGCCGCGCCCGCGCUGGGCCUGCGCCGGCACCUGCCCGACCUGCUGGACGGGCUCUUCACCGUGCUGGACGACCCCAACCCUGAGAUACGCCGCAUAUGUGACGUACAGCUGAACGAGUUCCUACGCAGCAUCAAGAAGGAGCCUUCGGAAGUGAACUUUCAAGCCAUGAUCAAUAUACUCAUCACUCACGCGCAGUCCACGGAAGAGUUACUGCAGUUGACAGCAGUGACGUGGCUGAAGGAGUUUGCGGAGCUGAGCGGAGAGCGCGUGCUGCCGUUCGCUUCGGGAAUGCUUCUAGCGGCGCUACCCUGUCUGGCCUACACCGACGAGCCACGGAAGAAGAUCCGGGAAACGGCAGCUACUGUUAACCUACAGUUAACCAAACUAGUGUCGGAAAUGUCCGAGCCCCGCGCAUCCUCCGAAGGGCCCCCGACAAAAAGGGCCCAGGCAGAUGGCCCUCCGACAAAAGGGGACUUAGCAGAAGGCUCCCCGCCCGAAGGAGUUGAGGACGAGGGGCCUCCGCGAUUGAACUUGGAGGCUGUGGUGGGGGUAUUGACUCAGAUGCUUCAUCAUAGUUCUGUGCAUACCAAAGUGGCCGCUUUGGAUUGGAUCUUACAUUUGUACAACAAGCUGCCUUCAGAGAUGUACCUGCAAACGGAGUUGGUAUUCGUGAGCGUGGUGGGCAGCCUCACGGACGCGGCCGACGAUGUCGUGCGCCGUGCUCUGGCCGUGCUCGCCGAAAUCUGCUCCUGCCCUGCUGCUGCUGCUACUGCUACUGCUGCUACUACUGCUACCACAGCUGCCGGCGCAGAUGGAAGCGCUGAUUUAGAGUCGAGUCCAUACUACCACAAGUUUUUGAAAGCCCUUUUGAGAUUACUGGCGGCUGAUGAAAAUCUGUUGGAAGACCGGGGAGCGUUUAUUAUAAGGCAGCUGUGCGUGUUGGUGGGCGCGGAGUCGGUGUACCGCGGCGUGGCGAUCGCGGUGCGCGGCGAGCGGGAGCUGCGCUUCGCGGCGCGGCUGGUGGACGUGCUGGCCACGCUGCUGCUCACCGCCGCCGAGCUACAUCACCUGCGGCUGCGGCUGCGCGCCUUCGACGACCCCGCCACGGUGUCGCUGUUCAGGACGCUGUACGCGUGCUGGUGCCACAGCCCCGUGGCGCUGCUGGCGCUGUGCCUGCUCACGCACAACUACAAGCACUGCGCGCAGCUCAUCACCACCUUUGGUGAUCUCGAAAUAACUGUCGACUUUCUAACAGAAAUAGAUAAAUUAGUACAAUUAAUUGAAUCUCCAGUUUUUGCAUAUCUCCGGCUGGAAUUGCUGGGAGGGCCGGGCAGCGCCGAGCUGCGCGCCGCGCUGUUCGGGCUGCUGAUGCUGCUGCCGCAGAGUGAGGCCUUCCACGCGCUGCGGCGCCGCCUGCACUGCGCGCCGCCGCACCAGCGCUCCGACUCCGCGCCGCAACACAGGGAGGAGGAUCGCACGGAUAUAGACUUCGAGGCACUGAUAGAAGAGUUCAAACGCGUGCAAGCCGCGCAUCGCGACUACAAGACGCUGGAGCGACGAAUCAGUCGCGCCAAGCUGUUCGACAGGCCCUACUCGUAGCCGCAGGAGUCCCGGGACCACAACAUGUCAACUGACACUAAUAUAACGAGUGUUAAUUAAAAAUUUGAAUCGUCCCCGAGCGGCGCACACUUCACGACACCUAGGAAAUUUGUAACAAAACGUCGAGGCUCCACCUACACUGGCAGGCGUCAAAGGUUACCUACAUUUGACGCUAGGUAGGCGAUGUAUGAAACAACUAUAGUCUAUUUUUUAAUUCCUGAGACCCAUAUUUCGUGUGUUGUCUGUUUUUUUACGAACGCUUUAAGGAGCAUGAGACGGGCCUGCCCGCGAAAUUCAAAUUUAAUUUGGUUUUUCGCAUUUUUUAAACUAAUACGACAACGUAGGCUUAUGGCAUUUUCAAU